AGUCAAAGAAGGCCACAUUUUAUACAUAAUUCUAUGAAGAUUCAACAAUGCCAGGCAAAGGGACAAAUGGGUCCAAACUGGCUGAGCUCUUAGUGGCAUACAACUUUAAAGUUGUGUGUUCUGCAUGCUCUGUCAAAGAGAACGAAAUCACAUACAGCCUUAAAGCAGUCGAACACCAAUGCAGCAGAGAACUUCUAUUGGCUAAAGGCAAAGGUACUAGCAAAUGGAGGCCUGUUUCCUGCCGCCCUAAAUUUACAAACCCCAGCCAGUAUUAUGUGUGUUGGUACUUUGUGGAGGGGUCUGGGUGUUCAAAGCACAGGAACCGCUGCACCUUCGCAAGGAGCCUUGAGGAGGCUGCCAUGUGGAACUUAAAGCACCAGAAGAUAGAUCACAGCACGUUAAUUAGACUGAUAACUGAGUCAGAGAGAAUCGCUGUCCAACAGCAAAACCCAGCCAAAAAAAUUCUCACUGAGUUCUCAGGGGAAUUUCAAGAGCUCUGUCAAGACUGCUUCUGUGGCACUCCAACAAAAAUUACAGGUAAACGGUGGAACAACACUUGCUCAGCGGAUACAGCCCAUGUCUGGAGCCCAGUCUUGGUUCAUCACCUGGCAGAAAAUCAGGGGAAGGAAGUCUACAAUCAGAUCAGGCCUCUUCCUCCAGUCUUCCCUUUCCAGUGCGGCAACUAUUUCAUGCAAGGUAUGCCCUGUUGGCACGGCCCCAGCCAGUGCCAAUUAUUGCACAGCGAGGUGGAAUUGGCUGUAUGGCGAGCAGAGUCACGUGUGGAGUUGAGUCGCCAGGAACUCUUGCAGCUCUCCCAGGAAAGGCAAUGGCAGAGGCAACAGUCGGCUCAAGACGUAGUGCCCGCCCCUAACCUGCAGGCGGCGAUCUACUGCAAAGCUUGCUUCAUAGCCCUCUCUUCACAGGAGAGCUUUUUCAAACAUUGUGCCUCCUUGGGGCACUCCCAGAUGAUUUCUGGGGACACAACCACGGAGUGGAAACAUCGCCCCCCACCUCACAGCCACAAAGCAGAGUUUUGGUUUUGCGACAGGCCUGACACAUGUGAAUAUGGCACCAACUGCGUGAAAGCUCACUCUGUGGAGGAGCUUGAAGAGUGGCUAAUGCGAGCCGAAGAGGACAAUGUGAUGAGGCGCAACAUAAAGGCUCAAGGCCUCAUGUCCUACAGGGAACAUCUCUUAGAGGAGUACAGACAGAGCAGCAAUGAAGUGCAAAUUAUUUCAGAACAAGUUGAUGACGUGAGUGUCACUUUUGAUGGGGAUUUGUGUGUGGAGUGUGUGGAGACUGAUGCCGAAUUAAAAUGGAACUUCCAGAUCAAAACAGAGAGACUACUUGCACAUGUAGCAUUACUGAAGCAGGAACCUGGAGCCUCUUUCUCCCUGGAUGAAAACAGUCCUGAGCCCUGCACUUACUCCACUGGUGAACAGUUAUGUAACUCAGACAUGACCUAUGACAUCACUGUGUCCUUCAAAUCCAACAACCCGGGUCUUUAUGAACAGUGGUUGGUGUUUGACUUCGACAUGAGGCCAGUCCUCCUACAGAAACUCAAAGUUAAAGUCAGACAGCAGCCAUCCCCUAACCUCGAGGAGCCGCCUGAGGAUUUUGGGCGCCCAUCCCAGAAUCUGGAACACUGGCAUCGGGGGAACAGGGUCAUCGUCCCAUGCAUGGACAAGACAGAAGUACAGGAAGAGCUUCUGAAGGAGUACAAGCCCCCUCAGAUUAGCUUGCAGUAUAAACCACUUGAUGACAGCAACACGGCCAUGAAUCACCAGAACUACAAAAAGAAAAUGCACAGCUUCCUGUACACAGAGGAGCAGGCAGAAGAUCAGGUAGUUUCAAGACUCAAUGUUCGAGGGACCAUCACCUUGUCUGUGACCCUAGACGACCCUCAGUUCGGAAUGAAGAUAGCUCCUCUAGGGGAACUAUUCUGUGCCGUUUCAGUCCCUUAUACUCUAACCCCAGACAGCCCAGAGGGUUGGGUGCUUAGGCGAAGCGUCCAGUCCGCUCUCAUAGCACCAGUAUCUUCAGAUAAUCAAAGUCAUAAGGUCUACGAAGCCAUCAUCCUCCGAGAUGCCACAAGUGAGAAUAAAAUGCACUUGCAGCUGUCUAAAAGAUGCUGCUCUGAUCUGAAGCUCCAAAGAAACGAAACAUAUGAAAUGGAGGUCCAGUUCCACCUGAAUCGUCUGAAGUUCUGUGAGAUGCACAAAGCCAUAGAUUUCCUUCCAGACACAGAGAGAGUGUUGCCAGACUUCAGGAACUGCAUUGUCCCUGUUAAUGAAAUUGAAUUUCCCAAAGUCAAUGCAAAGCAGCAUGCAGCCAUUGAUUUCAUCGUAGGGGACUCAGAUGGAAGAAGUGUGGCACCACUCCUCAUUUAUGGACCGUUUGGAACUGGGAAAACCUUCACGCUUGCUACAGCAGCCAAAGAGCUGGUACGGCAGCCACACACCAGAGUACUGAUUUGCACCCUCACCAACAGCUCUGCAGAUUUGUAUAUCAAAGACCAUUUCCAUCCAUAUGUCAACUCUGGACACCCUGAGAUGAAGCCACUGAGAAUAAAAGCAAAUAAACAAGGGGUUCUAGUAAGUUCUACGGAUGAGAUCACACAGAAGUACUAACUCCUAUCCAAAGACGGUCAGUUUUUUCUACCUCCUACCAAAUCUGCUUUGGAUCACCACAGAAUAGUCAUAACAACUACUGCAAUGGCAAGACACUUCAAUGACCUAAAGCUUUCCGAUGGCUACUUCACCCACAUCCUGAUUGACGAAGCCUCCCAGAUGCUCGAAUGUGAAGCCCUAAUGCCCCUUGGUCUAGCAGGGCCAGUAACUCGGGUGGUUCUAGCUGGAGAUCACAUGCAGAUGGGACCAAAACUAUUUUCAACGGACGAUGACCAACACUCCAAUCACUCUUUGCUGAACCGCCUGUUCCACUUCUAUCAAGGCUGUGAAAGUAGUACAGCUUUGAAAAGCAGAAUAUUUUUUCACGAGAACUAUCGCAACACAAAAGAGAUAGUAGAAUUUGUGUCCACUCACUUCUACGUUGGCAAGUCGGAUGCCAUCAAGGCUGUUGGUAAUGUUCCAGCUCAUCCGAACAGCCACCCUUUGAGGUUUCACCAUGUCAGAGGAGAAUCCCACUUGGACACCGCAUCCAUGUCAUGGUUUAAUCUUGACGAGGUUGAAUGCGUGGUUGAAAUAGUGCAAAAUCUGCUCAGAGAUUGGCCAAUCGCAUGGGGGAAUCAUGAUCAAAGCUCAAUCUGUGUUCUCUCUGAACGAUGCCAGGUUUCAAUGAUCAGGAAAGAUCUUCAGAAAAGAUUCCUUGGCCGAGUGACUGUGGAGAAUAUAUCCAAUGUUCAAGGCAAACAGUUCAGAGCAAUAGUAAUGACUGCCGUUCAAACCCGUGACAGCCUUCACCCUCCUGACUCAUAUUGUGUGGAGUUUUUCAACGAUGCUCGCAUGCUGAACACAGCCAUGACUAGGGCGCAAUCCCAGGUUGUUGUGGUUGGAGAUGCUGCUGCGCUUUGCUACUUUGAGAAGUGCUCAAGAAUCUGGAGAAGCUACAUUCACCAUUGUAUUAGCAAGGGAAGUGCUGAACCGAAACACCUUACCAAUGACUUCAUUGAUGGCAAUAUCAAGGAAAUCUCAAGAUUCCAAAGGACAGAAUACCUGGAUGAGAGCAGCACUCAGUCAGUUAUGUUCGAUACAGAGAACAGCAUGGAUGCUAUUCUCCAAGAACUACAAGAGGAGCAAAACAGGGCACACUACACACUACCGGAACGAAAGAGACUAUACGAUAGUGCCAAAGUUGAAAGAGAUGCCUUGUUGCAGUUGUUGAGAGAGCAGCCCAAUGUGUACAAGCGAGGUGAAUUGGUCAUGGAGAAACACAAUGCAGGUUAUAUCAUUCCAUUUGACAACCCAACUAACCACAUUAUCAUCAAAGGUAGAGGUAACCUCGGCAAGUCCUUCUGUGGUGAUGAAGUGGUGGCCAAAGUAGUUCCUUGUGAGGGUAUUCCACAAGGAAAAGUGUUAGGCACCAUCAAGGCAGCUGAAUCCCGUCGUGUGUUUGCUUGUACCCUUGAAGUCGAAGAUAACCAUAAACCCGAAACGAAGACUGAAUAUCAAUUCCUCAGAAAAAUGAUGGUACCACUCAACACAAACACCACCAAAAUAUGUACCUUGGUCAGCAAGAAGAGACACAAUUUAAUUCCAAUAUGGAAGCACAAUGAUGGAGAAUGGGAGAUUGUCAGAUAUCAACAACUUGAUGAAGAAAUCAAACGCAAUCAUGUAUUUAUGGUGGAAGUGUUUUGCUGGAAAAUGAAAACAGAAAACAAAGGAAACUAUGCCUAUCCGUUAGGGAAGGUGAUAGACAUUCUUUCCACAGGAUCAUCUUUGGAGGAGGGCUUAAGGAUUUUGGAUGCAGAAUUUAAUGUUCAACCGUUGCCUCCCAGCCAUGUUUUAGCUGAACCAUGUACCUGGAAAGACACCCAAAAUAGUAACAGAAAGGACCUCCGAAAGUGUAUUACUUUCACUGUUGACCAAAAGAAAUCCCUAGACUUGGAUGAUGCAAUCAGUGUCAUUGACAUGGAAAGCCAUUAUGAGGUUGGAGUCCACAUAGCAGAUGUGGCAAGUUUCGUGAAUCUUGGCGGUUCGUUGGAUGAUGCUGCACAAAAACAUGGUGCAAAAUUUUACAGCCCUAGAGAAGAACCAGUUUACAUGUUCCCAAAAUCAGUUAGCAUCUACCACUUGAGUCUCCUGCCUGGUAUAGAUCGAAAGGUAGUUUCGUUAAUGAUAAAAGUGGACAAGGCAACACACAAAAUCACUGAAAAGAAAUUCCAGCUUUCGCAAAUCAAGUCCGAUAGAAAGUUGUCUUAUGACGAGGCAGAGGACAUCAUCAGUAAGCGGUCUGGAGAAGAGGCCAAGUUUGAUACUUUAGAAGACUGUGUUUCUGUGGCAAAUCGUUUUGCCAAAGUCCAAAGGAAGGCCAGGCUUGGCAAGGAUUGGAGCUAUAGACGAUUGGACGAUCACCAGAAGCCAGGGAAGAGGAGAUCCAGUCAGAUGAUUGAGGAGCUUAGUGUACUGUUCAACCAUUCUGUGUCUGAAUUUUUGAUCAAUGCAAAUGAAACCAUGUUCUGCACUCCACUCCGAUGUCAAGUAAGCCCUGACCCUGAAAUGUUAGAAGACUUGAAAGAGCGAUACAAAGACAUCAUACCACUGUCCUUUCACCUGAGGCACAACCUUGACUAUGACAUUCAACUUGACCAGGAGGCCAUGGAGAGCAAAAGCUUCUACGUGCUAACAUCAAUAUGGAAUGAGAUCCUGUCAGCUGCCAAGAAAGAGGAAGUUGACACUGACACAAUGAUUGAUCUGAUUGGUACAGAUGACAUCUACCCCCAGCUCCUUCCAGUGAUAUAUGAGUUUAGGAAGUGUCUUGACGAAGCCUACGUCAUCCGUUCCAAUUCAUCCUGGGAAAAGGUUGGGCACUAUUCCUUAAAACUUGAGUCAUAUACACAAGCAUCCUCGCCCAUACGUCGCUACAUGGAUAUUAUCCUGCAAAGGCUUUUGCAGUCAGUCCUAAGCGGCACUCCGGUCCAAUAUUCUCCACAAGAGAUUGACAUUCUGUGUCAGAAGAUUGAAGACAGCUACAAGAAGGCCAAUGAGUAUGAAAAGAAGGCUGCGAUGAUAUCUUUCGCCAUCAACAUGAAGAAACAAAAUUCUCUGAAGCUAGCAUUUGUUGUUGGUGUAGCAGCAGGAGACAGUUUCAAGCUGUCAUUUCCGUUCGACAGGCACUCUUUUCCAGAGUGUUUGCCUGUUAGGUACAGAGAUUUGCAACCAAAGGAUCAACCACUGUACGAUUCAAAUGAGAACCAAAUGACUCUGACAUGGAGAAGACGAGUGUACUCAAUUGACACUGCCAAAAUUCACCAAGAGCUAAAAAAGGUGCAAAAUUCAGCUGCCUGCAUCAAGCUCCCACAAAAGACUUGGCAAGCCAUUGUUAAUGCAAUGGGCCAUGAAAAAUGGAACAUAGCAAGGUCUCUCAUACUAGAUGCCACAACAAAGCAAACAGAAAAUGUAAAGAGUCUCUCAAAACAUGCCAAGGUGGAUUUGCUUGAAGCUGGGAAUGACUCCCGUAGAACUGCAUACGGAAAAGCUGAAAAAAUUGAAAUGGAGCACUAUGUUGAUCUUACCCUACAUUUGAAGCCGGGAGACACACUUCAAGUCCAAAUGACAUCUGAAGGAAAAAAAGGUUAUUGGACACCCACUGUUCAGUUGGUGUGCAUCAAACCAAUAUUUAAAGUGUGUGUAGACCAUGCCCGCAGUCCUAUCACAUGCUUUUCCAAACGUGCAGACUGUCCAUCCAAGAGUGAAUAUAGCAACGCAAGAGAGUAUGUGAAGAUCUGGCGACCACUUUGUGAGAUGGAGUCUGCAGACAAUGCUGUUGAUGAAAGUGACAGCAUAAUAAUUGAGGACCUAAAGCUGAACUUGAAGCAAGGGAAAAACAGACUGAAAGGAAGUUUCGAACUUCCACUCAAAUACAUUAAAGAAUGGGCCAUUGAAUGCAACCUUAGCAAGUGCUUUCUGUGCAUCCGAAAAAGGGGAUUGAAACUGACUUCAAUCCCUGACCAAUCAGAGGAAGUAGUCGACCCUAAGAAUUACACAUGGGUGGCACAUGGUGUUACAACCAACUUUGAAGAACCAAAAAACAACCAAAAUCAAGCCAGAAAAGUGCACUUCUACAUCAACCACUUGCCAAUGGAUACCAUUCCAGAGUGUGUCUACCAGAGAAAGACAACAUACACGGUUGAGAUAAUCCCAAAGCUUCUGACAGACGUACGUAAAGAAAUGGCUGUGAAUAACAUUGUGUCUGCAAAUGAGCUUGUUCAGAAAAUAGCCCUAGGACAACACGUUCCAAAAGGAGCUUUGCAAUCUGUUGUACCACCACGGUACCAACUCAUGAGGGAAAAGGCACCAGAGGGUCUCCCAGAGCUGAAAUUGAGUCAAAUUGAUGCAGUGGAGAAAGCUCUGAAUAACAACUUCACAAUCAUACAAGGGCCACCUGGGACUGGAAAGACUGUUUUAGGAGUUUACAUUGUGUACUGGUUCCUUGUGAUGAACUCCAAAAACCCCAGGAUAUUUGAAAAUCCGAAGGACAAGGACAAGAAAGAAGUUAUUCUCUUCUGUGGUCCUUCCAAUAAGUCUGUCGAUGUGGUUGCUGAGUGCCUGGUGAAGUUUGGAGACAAGUUGAAGCCCCUCAGGGUGUACAGCCGACAACUGGAGAUGGCGGAGUACCCUUACCCAGGGAGUGUCCUUCAGCUCUCUCCCAGGUCACUUCGCCAUGAGCGGUCCAAGGCAGAACUCCGAGAUAUUACUUUGCAUCAUCGCAUACGGGAAGAACAAAAUCCACAUUCCACGGAAAUAAAAGAAUUUGACCACAGAAUAAAGCUAGCAAUAGAAUCAAAGGGAGAGGAGUUGACAGCAGAAGAAGUUGAGGACUACAAAAGUCUUCUGAAUAAAGCUCAUGUGCAUGAGCUGCAGAGGCACGAUGUCAUUCUGUGCACCUGUACAGUAGCCUCUUCUCCUAACCUCACUAAAACAGUCAGUGCACGCCAGAUUCUUAUUGAUGAAUGUGCCAUGGCAACAGAACCUCAGGCCCUCAUCCCAUUGGUCAGCAACAAACCAGAAAAGAUUGUGUUGCUCGGUGACCACAAACAGCUACGCCCCAUCGUUAAGAAUGAACUUCUGAGGAAGUUGGGGAUGUCAAAGUCUCUGUUUGAGCGUUACUUUGAGUACCAGUCCCAGACAGUGAUGCUGGAUACCCAGUACAGAAUGCAUGAAGAUAUAUGCAAGUUCCCAUCGGAGGAAUAUUAUGGAGGAAAACUGAAGACUGAAGUGAAUCACUCAAGCAGUGUCCUUCAGGCUGACAGCCAACAGAAGCACAUUGUUUUCGGGAACGUCAUUGGAGAGGAGGUCAGCCUGGUUGUGAGCACAGAAAAGGGAACUGAAAACUCCAAAGCGAAUAGGGUGGAGAGAGAUGUAGUGAUCCGGCUCGCCAAAGCACUGGUAACAGAAUCCCAAAUAAAACAACAGAAUAUUGCAAUUCUAUCACCCUACAAUGCCCAGGUGUCUGAAUUUAAGAAAGAACUUCAUGAACACAAAAUGGACAAAAUCACUGUCACCACCAUCACAAAAAGUCAAGGAUGUGAAUGGCGCUACGUCAUUCUCUCCACUGUGCGCUCAUUACCCAGCAAGGAGAUCGAGAUCGAGCCGGACAGGGCCUGGAGGUCUAAACAUGUGGGCAUUGUUGGCAACCCCAACCAGAUCAACGUGGGCAUCACCAGGGCCAAAGAGGGACUGUGCAUUAUCGGUAACCAAGAGUUGUUGAGCCGCAGUGGCGCUUGGCGACAGCUCCUCAAACAUUAUAGAGCAAGGAACUUUGUCACAGAAGCUGUCAAGAUCUCUGUGCGCAAAGCAUCCUGUAAGCACGGUCUACAUUGAAAUACAUGGUCUCGGUCGCGGAUCAGUGCACUAUGAAUAGCAAAAUUAAAAUUAGUUUUCAGAGACAAAUGUAUUAUGUGCUUUUAAUUUCUAUAUUGCAAUGUUGAAUCAAAUUAGUUAUAAUCUGCAAUCACUGUCAUUUUUAAGUGACCUUUAAAUUAUCUGUCAAUUGUAUUAGACUGUAUAUUUUUUAUUGCUAACUAUACUGUUUGUUGAUAUAUAUACACUGUAUAAAUACAGUUGCAGUCAGAAGUUUACAUACACCUUAGCCAAAUACAUUUAAAAACUCAGCUUUUCGCAAUUUCUGAAAUGUAACCCUAAUAAAAAUUCCAUGUCUUA